AUGCCUGGAAACACAAACGGAACGAAUGGCACCAAUGGCCAACAGAACUCGAGCACUCAGCAUGCUCCAACAGGUUCAAAGAAUGGUGACCAGUUCCGCAACUACGCAGACGACCGCAAUGCUUCAUCUGAGGAUGUUGUUUACUGCACAUCAAAUGGUGUUCCAUACCCUCACCCCUACGAGAGCCAAAGAGUAGGCGAGAAUGGUCCUCUACUACUCCAAGACCAUCACCUCGUCGACCUUCUGUCACAUUUCGACCGUGAGCGUAUUCCAGAACGAGUUGUCCACGCCAAGGGCGCUGGUGCCCAUGGUACCUACACAACCACAGACUCUCUUGAGGAUCUGUGUAUGGCAGACAUCUUCAAGUCAGGCAAAUCUUGCCCCGUCACUGUUCGAUUCUCGACUGUUGGUGGUGAGUCUGGCUCGCACGACUGCGCACGUGACCCCAGAGGGUUCAGUGUAAAGUUCCGAACCGACGAGGGCAACUGGGACGUAGUUGCAAACAAUACUCCUGUCUUCUUCAUCCGGGAUCCCGCCAAGUUCCCUCACUUCAUCCACACCCAGAAGCGUCACCCAGCAACACAUCUUACCCACGCCGAUGAUGCAACAAACUUCUGGGACUUCGCUUCGCAAAACCCCGAGUCCGCACAUCAGUUUAUGAUCUUGUUUGGUGACCGAGGUAUCCCAGAUGGUUACCGUAAGAUGCAUGGAUACCACGGCCACACUCACAAACUUCAGAACAAGAACGGCGACUUCGUUUACUGUCAAUUGCACUUUAAAUCCAGGCAAGGCACUGGAUUCAUCACCCAGGAGGACUCAGCGAACUACAGUCCGGACUAUUCCACAAAGGACUUGUACCAAGCCAUCGAGAAGGGUGACUUCCCCGGAUGGGACGUUAUGUUCCAGACUAUGACGGCAAAGCAGGCCGAAGAAGUCUGGGAGAAGCAGAAGAUCAACGUGUUCGACAUGACACAUGUCUGGCCGCAGGAUCAGUUCCCGCUUCGCAAGGUCGGAGAAUUCUUUCUCAACGAGAAUGUACAGAACUACUUCGCAGAGGUUGAGCAAGUCGCAUUCAACCCUGCCCACCUUGUUCCAGGUAUUGAGCCUAGUGCGGACCCCCUACUACAAUCUCGUCUGUUCUCCUAUCCAGACACCCACCGCCACCGUGUUGGUGUCAACUACCAACAACUACCGGUCAACGCCCCACGCGUUGCAUACCGCAUGGGCAACUUCCAGCGUGAUGGUAACAUGGCGUUUUACAACCAAGGAUCGAGACCUAACUAUCUCUCUUCGAUCCAGCCCAUCUCAUUCAAGGAGAGAACAGUCGAUCUUGACAAGCUCCAUGGAAACUUCACAGGCGAGGCUAUCACAUUCUUGUCCGAGAUCCGCCCAGAGGACUUCAACGCACCGCGUGUCUUGUGGGAGAAGGUCUUCGACGAUGGCGCUAAGGAGCGUUUCAUCAAGAACAUCUCUGGCCACAUGGAGACUGUAACCGACAAGGAGAUCAUCAAGCGUCAGAUCGCCAUCUUCAGGGAGGUAUCUGAGGACAUUGCUUCCCGCAUGGAGAAGGCGACUGGUGUUAAGGGUUACCCUGGCAUUGCCGAGCUGCGAUUCAACGGAACGCACAAUGGCAUGGCCAAGUCUCAGGACAAGAAGGUCGCGAACGGUAUGACUGGAAUCAGCGCAAAGUAUGCUGAGAAGAACAAGACUAAUGGUGCUGCCAAAGCUGGUACGCAUAAGGAUAUCAUCGAAGGCAAGGCCUAG